GAGAGAAAAGAAGCAUGAAAAGGGCUAAGACGAAAGGUUAAAAGUUUAAGAAGAUAAGAUAAAUAAGAAGAAAGAAGAAAACCCAGGCUAAUUCCUCUCUCGGUACUCAGCCAACGAGUUUUCACAGUGGUAUUUAUGAAUCUGUGGAUUCAAUAAAUUCAUCAGUUUGAGAAAGCCACUUGUGUCUGUCGGUACCUGGAGGAAUUAUAGUGAAAACUCGGGAUUGAUCUGCGCGAGUGGAGACCACAUGGCAAGGCGGCAUGAUCAUAGGAGCAGCAGUCUUGUCAGAGCGUGAUCAGCACAUGCACGGAGCGGAACUGUGAAGGGACAGUGGAGCCGGGAGCGCGCACGCGACCAAAAGCACGCAGUUUGAAGAGCAACAGUUCAAGAUAAGGCCAUAAGAAACUUGGACACUCACAAGUCAAGAGUUUGUCUACAGUUAAAGGGCAAGUUUAAAGGUUGACUAAUCGAACUGUGAAUGAAAGUAAGGUCCUGCCAUCCCAGUUUUUUCUGUUUAUAAGUGACAGCUACCCUAAGUUUAAAGGCACACAAUUUGAAGAACAGAGAUGUUUGAUUUUAUUUGUGGACAUCUCUAACAGUCAAGUGAAUGCUGUAUUUUAUGUUAAAGGUUUAAAACAUACAUAAUUCAUAUUUUGAGUACAUUCUGAGAGUAAGUUGAUUUAAGAGCAAUUUAAGUUAAAUUUUAUAUUUCUUUACUAAGGAUAUAAAUUGCAUUAUAUUUCAUUUUGCCCUUGACUACAAGGAAUAAGAAGUUUAUGUGUUCAAGUGCUCACAGUCAAAGCUAACUUUCAGUGUACAUAACAUAUUUUUCACAAUUUAGUGACAAGUUAAUGAUAAUACAUUAAAAUGACUGAGCUAAGUGAGUCCACAGUUAGCACGGAGGUUAGUGCAGACCUCCCAAAACAGUCUGAAGAAGAAGAAGUCACUGAUUUAAGUGAGCAGCAAGAACUGUUGCAACCAAGGAGAAGCCAGAGAGUGAAAACACUCACAGAGAAAGGAAGAGGAAUGCAGGAUGAAAGAAUUAAAGGACUCCAGCAAAGAUUUAACUACAACUACGAAAAGUGGAGAACAUGUGCUAAAUCAUCCAAACAGCCUCUCUCUCAAUCAGACCCCUUAAGUGAAGACCUACUUGAAGACAUUAUUGGUGAUGUUGCAGGUCUAAGGGCAGAUGUCACUAAGGUGUAUGAUGAGUUACGAAAACUCAUCCCACCAGAUCAAGAGACACGUCGCAGAGUAGAUCUAUGUGUGGAGAUCUCAGGGUUUAUUGUGAAUAGAGCAACCAAUCGAUUGGAUGGAAAAGAGGAAGAGGAAGUAGACUGGCCAGAUGCUGGCUCCCUCUUUCAGACAAGUAGUAAGUCAGGCUCCUUUAACACAACUAAGAGCAUGUCUGAGCAUUCAAGUAGAUCCUCUGUUAAGCAUCAAGAAGCUGCAGCAGAAGCAGCUGCAAGUCGAGCUGUUCUCAAAGUAUUACAAGAACAAGAAAGGGAACAGCAAGAGAUUCAAAGACUUGAAGCUGAGGUCAGGAAAAGGGCUGCAGAGCAAGAAGCGUUGGCUAAACAAAGGCGUUUGGAAAGAGAAGCAGAAGAAAUUCGACUGAGAAUGCAAAGGGAAGCUGAUGAAGCCAAGUUAAAGGCUCAACAAGAUGAGGAGUUUGCAGCUCUGCAAAAAACACUUGAAGAGAAGAAAAGAAAGGUACAACACCUGGAAAAGGUUAAGGAUCUCAAGGCAGCACAAGCGAGGAUGCAGGUGUAUGACCAAAUGAGUGUAACACAUGAGCAUAAAGUUGAUGUAACAAAGGUUGAAACAGAAGUUAAAGAUGAUAAACAUGUAAGUUUCCCAUCUCUGCUUGGACAAGUCUUACCCCAAGCUUCAUCCACCUCUACAAGUGAUGGUACAUCAGAUCUUGUUAAAUUGCUAGCUAGUGCUCUAAGUGACAGUCGUAUUCCCGUCCCUGAACCAGCAGUGUUUAGUGGGGAUCCCUUAAGAUACAGUGACUGGAAACUUUCAUUUCAAACACUGAUAGAACAAAAGAACAUCCCGGACAAUGAGAAAAUAUUCUACCUUCGGAGAUAUGUGGGCGGACAAGCUAAGAGUGCACUUGAAGGAUACUUCCUGCUUGGAACUGAGUCCGCAUAUGUCGCUGCAUGGAAGAUUCUGGAUGAAAGGUACGGAAAUCCAUUUAUAAUCGCCAAAACUUAUAGAGACAAGCUACAAGCGUGGCCCAAAAUUACCUCAAAGGACAGUUUUGAGCUAAGGGACUUUGCAGACUUCUUGCGCAGUUGUGAAGCAGCAAUGGUUCACAUCAAGUCUUUGGAGAUUCUUAAUGACUGUAAUGAGAACAGAAAGAUUCUCUCCAAGUUACCAGACUGGCUCACUGCUAGCUGGAACCGCAAAGUCAUGGAAAUCGAAGAACAAACAGGUCAAUUUCCCACGUUCAGCCAGUUUGUCACGUUUCUAACAAGAGAAGCAAAGAUUGCUUGUAACCCUGUUACAUCGCUGCAGUCACUAAAGCAAAGUGAUCUUGAAAAGUCAGAAAGGCCGAAACCCACAAGGCAGAGACAAGUUGGAGCUAAAACACUGACUACAACUUCAUAAGAAAGGACACAACAGACAUGUAUAUUCUGUAAGAAACCCAAGCACAGUCUAUACAAAUGCAGACAUUUUCUGGAAAAAGCUGUGUCAGACAGGAUCAAGUUCAUUCAGUCAGAAAAGCUAUGUUUCGGUUGUCUUAAACCAGGUCACCACUCAAAAGACUGUACCAACCGCAAUGUUUGUGAAAAGUGCAGUAGAAAGCAUCCUACCUGUCUUCGUGAAGAUAGAAUUAAAACCAAAGAAGAACAAAAACAACCACCAGAUAAGCCAAACUCAAGUAAUGAAAAACCAAGUCAAAACGAACGAGCUCAAGAACAAGUUACAACCACAGCUACGACAAACAGAGUUGUCAGUCAAGAAAGUAACACACAAACAGCUGCAAUCAUUCCUGUGUGGCUUUCAUCUUCUACAAAAUCCAAAGAAGUCCUCCUAUAUGCCUUACUGGACUCGCAAAGUGACACAACUUUUGUUCUCAGUGAAGUUGCAGACUCGCUAGAGACAAAUCAAGAACCUGUCAAGUUAGAACUUUCUACCAUGUCUUCUCAGACUACAGUUGUUCAGUCUCACAGACUUCAAGAUCUUCAAGUCCGUGGCUUUAACUCAAGCAAGAGCAUUGCUCUACCUCCUACAUAUACACGAGAGUUUAUCCCAGCCAACAAAGCUCACAUUCCAACUAGUGAGACAGCUAAAGCUUGGCCACAUUUGGAACACCUACAAUCUGAAUUCGCACCUCUCCAAGAUUGUGAAGUAGGAUUGUUGAUCGGUUACAACUGCUCACAAGCUCUUCUUCCAAGAGAAAUUGUGUCUGGCAAAGAAGACGAGCCGUACGCUCAGCGGACAGAUCUUGGUUGGAGCAUCGUUGGAAAAACUAAUCCUUGUUUGAAUUAUGGAGAUGCAAUUGGGAUCAGUCAUCGCAUUAUUGUCAAGAAAGUCAUUCCAGAGCUCGGACCCUCUGUAAAGCUUCAGAAGAAAGUCCACUAUGUAAACAGGACAAAGGUAAAAGACAUCACUCCUUCAGACAUUGUCAAAGCACUUGAAGCAGACUUCUCUGAAAGAGCCAUUGAUGACUCUCCUGUGUCCCAAGAAGAUUUGAAGUUUCUCAAGAAACUCAGUGAGAAUAUCAAACAAAACGAAAGUGAACACUAUGAGAUGCCAUUACCAUUUCGUGACGAAAGACCCAAAUUACCAGACAACAAAAUAUGUGCAAUGCAUCGUCUUAAGUGUCUGGAAAAGAGACUAAGGAAAGACAAAACAUACUGCAAUGAUUACACACAUUUCAUGAAUGACAUCAUCUCAAGAGGUGAUGCUGAAAGGGUCCCUGAUGAAGAGUUAGAGAACAGUCCGGCAUGGUAUAUUCCACACCAUGGGGUCUACCACCCGCACAAACCAGGAAAGAUCAGAGUAGUAUUUGAUGCCUCUGCCAAGUACCAAGACACUUCCCUCAACGACCAUCUGUUAACCGGUCCUGACCUGACGAAUGCAUUGGUUGGCGUUCUUUGUCGUUUUCGCAAAAGUUCGGUCGCAUUCAUGUGUGAUAUAGAACGAAUGUUUCACCAAUUCCAUGUCACUAAAGAAGAUCAGGAUUAUUUAAGGUUUCUCUGGUGGGAGAAGGGAGAUCUGGAAGCAACACCAGCAGUCUAUCGAAUGAAGGUCCAUCUUUUUGGAGCAGCGUCUUCACCAGGCUGCGCCAACUUUGGCCUGAAACAUCUUGCAGCACAAGGACAAAGUCGAUUCCAAGAGAAUGCUAUACGCUUCAUACAAAGAAACUUUUAUGUUGAUGACGGCUUGGCAAGCGUUCCUACUGAAAGUGAAGCCAUUCAACUUAUCAAAGACUCAAGAGAGCUAUGCUCUACAGGAAAGUUAAGACUUCACAAGUUUGUGUCCAAUAGUAAUCAUGUUAUGUCCACGAUUCCUGAAGAAGAACGUGCCACAGUUAAAGAUCUGGACAUGUCUCUA